UUAUGGAAGACACUUACCUUUUGUUGAGGGUAUUAGCCUCUCUAAACUGAUGAGAGAGACGGAGAAGGUGAGAGUGAAAUUGUGAUCUGAUGAUUCGUAGAAAAGAAAAAGAAAGAAGGUUUGGUAAAGGAGGGAAAAACGAUUCAGUGUGAUCCCCUUUUUAGGAAUUUGCUCUCGGUCCAUUUGUCCGCUCUGAGUUUGUGGAUUCCAUUCCAUUCCGUUUCACUUAUUUUUAUUUUUAUUUUUUAAUUAUCUUUUGUUAAAGUUUCAGCUGUUGUUUUCUUUCAUAAAACCUCAACAGAAAGCACAAACAAACAAUUUAUUUCAUUCUCAUCUUCCCUUUCUUUUUUCCAAUUGGUAGUGGAAGUCAAGUCCAUUUCAGCCUCUGCAACACUACCACAACUCUGGGUAUUAUCACCCCACAUUUUGCAUCUGUCCGGUCUAAUCUUUCGUAGUCGCAAAAUUUUCAGCGUCUCCGUUCCCUCAAAUCUUCACAUGCUAUGGAUCUGACUGUCCAGUAACCUACAUAGGAACUCUCAGAGAACACCAAAAUCAUAUCAUAUAUUUAAUUUACAGAGAAAAAUGUCGUCAGCGGAAAAACCCAGCUCCAAAGGGCAAGCGUGGUUAGAAGAUGAUUCUCCUUUAAGCUUCUUGGUUCAUGCAAAUCCACUUUCUUCAAGCUUUUUUUUUUUCACAUUUCUACUCUGCAGGUUCUGCACAACGGGAUUGCCGAGUGACAUUGUGGUGGAAGUUGAUGACAUGACAUUCCAUCUCCACAAGUUUCCUCUCAUGUCCAAAAGCCGAAAGCUCCACCACCUUAUAACGCAGCAAGAGGCAGCGACUCAUUCCUCAGCCCCACAGCAGCAGCAAGGAACCGAAGACGAAGACGAAAUCGUUGAAGAGCAGUGUCACGUGACGUUCACGGCCUUCCCCGGAGGCUCUGAGGCCUUCGAGAUGGCCGCCAAAUUCUGUUACGGCGUCAAGAUCGACCUCUCCCCGUCCAAUGUGGCCGCGCUCCGGUGUGCCGGCGAGUUUCUCGAAAUGACAGAAGAUUACUCCGAAGACAACCUCGUUUCCAAGACGGAGAGGUUUCUCUCGCAGCACGUGCUCAAUAGCCUCAAGGACUCUGUCAAAACCCUAAAAUCUUGUGACUCCUUGAUUCCUAUGGCGGAAACGCUCGGAAUCACGCAGAGGUGCGUUGAUUCUGUGGUUUCCAGAGCUUCGUCCGAGGAUCCUGCAUUGUUUGGAUGGCCGGUGAGUGACGUCACUACUGCUUCCAAACAGGUCCUCUGGAAUGGAAUUGACGGUGCAGGAAGAAGAAAGGCCGGCGCUGGUCACGGCGAAUCUUGGUUUGAAGAUCUGGCGCUAUUGCGUUUGCCUCUGUUCAAGAGAUUGAUUCUGGCGAUGAAAACUGCGGAGCUGAGUCCUGAGAUUAUUGAAACAUGCGUGAUGUAUUAUGCUAAGAAGUACAUUCCCGGUGUUUCGAGAUCAAAUCGGAAGCCGCUGCCGUUACCUUCGUCGUCGUCGUCGACCGUUGCGACAGAGGCGGAGCAGAAGGAGCUUCUGGAGACGCUGGUUUCGAAUCUUCCGCUUCAGAAGAGUUCGAAGGCCGCAACAGCGACGAGGUUUUUUUUCGGAUUGUUACGAACGGCCAAUAUACUGAGCGCUUCCGAAGCCUGCAGAGACGCGUUGGAAAAGAAGAUAGGAUUGCAGCUCGAAGAAGCCACGCUCGACGACCUUCUCGUGCCGAGUUACUCCUACCUGAACGAAACGCUUUACGACGUCGAGUGCGUUGAGAGGAUUUUGAGUUAUUUUCUGGAAAGUUUAGAUGCAAGAAACGUCACGUCGAACGAAGACCCUGCAGCGAGGUCGCCGGCGCUGAUGCUCGUUGGAAAACUCAUUGACGGAUACCUAUCGGAGAUAGCUUCCGACGCGAAUCUCAAGCCCGAGAAGUUCUACAAUUUCGCCAUCUCGCUUCCCGAUGAGGCAAGACUCUUCCACGACGGUCUCUACCGAGCCGUCGAUGUGUAUCUGAAGGCACAUCCGUGGGUCUCGGAAGAGGAGAGAGAGAACAUUUGCGGAUUGUUGGACUGUCAGAAGUUGACGCUGGAGGCGUGCACGCACGCGGCGCAAAACGAGAGGCUUCCGCUGCGCGCGGUUGUUCAGGUGCUGUUCUUCGAGCAGCUUCAGCUUCGACACGCCAUCGCCGGAACGCUGAUGGCUGCGGAGGCUGCUGCCGAGCCUGGGCGGCAAUCGGCGGUGCUGGAACGGGAAGCAGAGGAAGACGAAGAAGGGUUAGGGUUAGAGCACGUGCAGGAAGGGAACGGCACGUGGCGCGUCGCGGUUAGGGAGAAUCAGGUGCUGCGCUUGGACAUGGAUAGCAUGAGGACGCGGGUUCAUCAACUGGAACGCGAGUGUUCCUCGAUGAAGAGAGUCAUCGCUAAGUUUGAUAAGUCUGGCGGAAGCGACGGUCGUGGCGGCGGUUGGAGGGCGUCGCUGGGGCGGAAGUUUGGUUGCAAGUUUAAAACUCAAGUUUGUGAUUCGCAUGAGUCAACGGCUGUCGAUACCCGCAAAGGGCGCCACCACCAGCAGCCGCAGCAGCAGCAUCAUCCCCAUCAUGAAUAGUCACCAUGUUACACUUCCUCCUCUCACGUGAGAAUCAUUGUUGGAGUAAAUGUCAUACGGGUCCCACUUGUAACUCUUAAUUUUUUUCUUUAACUUUCCAUAAAUUUAAUUUUAAUUGAUCAAUAUAUAGCUUUACUUUCUAAAAUUUGAGACGAA